AUGAAGAAGUUGUUUAGCAUGAGUGACCUUGGGUUACUAAGUUACUAUCUGGGAAUUGAAGUCUGUCAGAAUUCUCAAAGGAUGACACUCAACCAGUCGGCAUAUGCAAGAAAGGUUUUAGACAAAUGUGGCAUAAAAGAUUGCAACCAUUCAAAAAUCCCGAUGGAACCUCGUCUGAAACUGAGCAAGGAAAGCACAAGUCCACCUGUAGACACAACUCUGUAUCGAAGUAUUGUUGGCAGUUUAAGAUAUCUACUUCACACACGCCCAGAUUUGGCAUUCUCUGUCGGCAUGGUGAGUAGAUACAUGGAGAAGCCCACAACGGAGCACAUGGCCGUAGUAAAGCACAUAUUGCGGUAUGUGAAAGGAACUUUAAACCUCGGUUGCGUUUAUGAGAAAAAGGAAGGAAGCUUGGAGCUGAUCGGUUACUCUGAUAGUGAUCUAGCUGGUGAUACUAAUGACAGGAAAAGCACCUCAUGUUUAAUAUUUUUCCUUGGGUCUUAUCCUAUUAUUUGGUGUUCACAAAAACAUAAAGACAUAAAGUGGUUGCAUUAUCUUCCUGUGAAGCGGAGUACAUCGCUGCCUGUGCAGCAGCGUGUCAAAGAGUGUGGCUGGACGACUAUUGGCAGAUUUGUUAAAGACCGAGGUUAA